AGUUCACACUAGACGAAAAGAUUCAUGAUCGAGCCCCUAAUCGCAAUCUCAAUCUGUAGUCGGAUACGGGCUCGUUUUUCCCUACAGUUUUCUCAUUAUUUUUUGCACUUUGUAAGAAGAAAAAUUUAUAUCCGGCACAGAGAGUGCAGAGAAAAUAAUUUUUUAAUUCUCGAGUUGCGCAACAAAUUCCGUCCCACAUUUCCGCCCUAAAAGCAUUUUGAGUUCAAAAAGAAUUCGCUCUUGUGUCACCAAUACCGAGCACUUUUUUUUCGAAUAUAAACAUUUUUAUACUCGGUAAGAAUUAAAUUCCUUUGCGUAGUUUAUUUAAAAUAGAUUGCGCGCUUACGAAUUUUGUAUAAUUGACGCCUUUCGGUGACUUUAAAAACUCACUAUUCGAUAGCCAAUCAGGGAGAAACCUACGCGCAUGUGAGGUACCGGAAGCGUGUUCAUUUAUGCAAUUCGCUGAUGCAUGCAUGCAUGUGUGUGGCCGCAUCGUCCGCAUUUUCACGUUGUUGCGUGUCCCAAUUAUGUCAAUCGUUAAGCAAUAAAUUGCGAGGGUCUAUUUAAAGUAUCGUAAUAAUUUUGACUUACGUCCGUAACCGAAAAUCGGGGAAACACGGCGUCGAGUAGAGCGAUCUGUCGGGACGUUCUUCAUGGGUUAGGAGGUCACUGGCGAGAAAUAGCGACACGCUGCCAGCGAAAAUGUUGAGAUACAACAGAACAGAGAAAUGUUCGCUCCGGACAUGAUUUCGUGACGAGGGUUACGAAGCGCGUUGCGGAAAGAGUAAUGACAAUCGAGAAAUUGAUCUGAGCGUCGUAGGAAAUUGGGACAAUCGUAUCGAACAUGAGAAAAUAUCAUCAAGCCGCGCUGGCGGUCACGGCGGUGGUGAGCCUCGUGUCCCUGCUGGUCUACAGGCACGAGUACAACAAGCUCAGGUACGUCCUGGAGGUUUUCAAUUACUUCGGCAAGCCCGGGCCGAGAGGAGCGGACGCGAAUUGCACCAACGUCGGCGCGGGCUUCGCCACGUUCAACGCCAGGUUCGACGAGCCGAUUCCCUCUUGGCAACGCCUGGAGGACGAUCUGUACAUAUACUCUGCGUACGGCAUCAACGACAGGGAGAUACGAGCGGUGGGGCUUGGGACCAUAGGCAGCGUCUCCAACGUGCAGUGCCUCGUCUUCUUCGAGAGCGAGAGCAAGCCUAUACUGGGCAGCUUCCGAUUCCUCCCCAUUGGCAACGCGGUCGUCUCGAGUCUAGGGGAGAACACGAGAUACGGCGGCUAUCACUUUGUCUGCACGUACACCAGCGACGAGACCCCCACCGGGAUAACGUUUGUCACCAAGUCGAACAAGUACCUCAGCUACGCGCCCAUCUUCCCCAUCAAGAUACAGCCGCGGAAACCGAGCCAGGACAGGAUAGGAGUGUGCGUGACGCAAUCGUCGAUGAAGCCGACCCGGUCCAUAGACAUGAUAGGCUUCGUCAGCUUCCACGCGUUGAUCGGAAUGGACAACUUCAUCGUGUACGACUCCGGGAUCUCGAGCGAAUUUAAUGGCAAGCUGAAGGAAAUGGCGGGCGAUCCGACUUCCUUCUGGAAGUUUACGUACACCGUCGUACCGUGGAACUUCCCCUUCACGGAGAUCGACCAGAAUGUCAUAAGGGACAUCGUCGAGGCGGAUUGUUUGUAUCGCACGUACAACAACGUCGCUUACGCCGUCGCUCUCUCGUGGAACGAGUACGUGAAUUUGAAGUACCAUCGCGCGACAAUCGAUCUGCUGGCGGAGCUGAAACGGACCAGACUGACGGCCGACCGCUACCGGCUGAACGCCGUGACUUUUUGCACGCAGCAGGCUGACAAUAAACGACACGCCAAUUCUACGCUGACGGUAUUGAAGAAGACGAGGGCCAUUGUGAACGACCCGGAAGAUCGUUCUAUUUAUAUACACAAGCCAUACGUAACGCUGCAGAACUCCCGCAUGUACGUCAGAGAGAUAGGAAGGGAUCUGAUAGCUGUGAAUCAAUAUAAGUACUGUAAUCAAUACAAUUAUAGAAAGAGCCAAGGGGUGGAGGAUCUCACGAUUUUGAGGUUUGCCCACGACGUACAAAACUCGUGGAUCCUUAGGAAGUAUCUUGGACAACGUGCUUGAUGCGAAUGUAAAGCGUUACGGAAUUUCGCUGAUGUUAAAUUUGUUGAUAUUUGCACAGGCUUGGGCUCCACUCGCGUACCAUUUCAUUCGUACAUAUAGAUAUCUCAUGAUUACACGCCGUCUUUCAUACUAGGUGCCUUAAUCAUCACGUCAUGUUAGUUGGAGAACUAGUCAUGACAUGGUUAGCUAUUUUUAAUAUUUUGUAUACACCUCGAAUUUUAAACUUAAGCUAUAAUAAAGCGUUCCUACUGGUUGCUUUCAACCGUUU